AUGGAUAACAUGUCGCGCUAUUGGGAAGAAAACGCCAACUUGCAGCGUGUCAAAUUUGAAAGGUGUAUACCCAACGAAGAACCAGUGGUCAGAAUGAAAGACGCCGACCGCGCCAUCUACCCGUGUUGCGAUUCAAAUUUAAACUUUUCCACUGCGACAUGCAGUGAAGAUGAUUGUGAAUACGGCCCGUACAAGAAAAGUACUAAAGUGGCGAGGCAAGACCCGAUGUCGCAUCGUAUUAUCGAAAAACGUCGUCGCGAUCGUAUGAACAAUUGCUUGGCCGAUUUGUCCCGACUGAUUCCGACCGACUAUUUGAAAAAGGGCCGCGGUCGCAUCGAAAAGACCGAAAUCAUCGAGAUGGCCAUCAAACACAUGAAACAUUUGCAACAAAUGCAAGACGGCGCAGGCGGGAGCAACCCCAUGGAUCAUUAUAGGUAA